AUGGAAAAUCAAUUUAAAAUUGAAAUGAAAGAUGAUAAUAACAACGAACAAUCUACUGAUCUAUUAAUAGAACCAACUGUUGCACUAACUAUCGAUAAACCUCUUGAGAUAUCUCCAACACUAGCAACACAUUUCUUAGGAAUAUUUUAUGUAUUACUAUCAACAUGUAUUUUUGUAACUUCAACAUUCAUAACGAAAGAAUUAAAGGUAGAUGUACUUGAUGCACUAAUUCCGUGUAGUCUAGUGCAUAGUAUCAUAUUGAUUAUCUAUAUGAAAUUUAUAAAACAUUAUUCAUUAUAUAAACAAUCAAGUAAACAAGAAAUAUUUUUCUUAUUCAUCAAUGUUUUUUUCUCCGUCAGUGGUGGUUUUGUUUUUUUUCUUGCUUUUCGUUAUUUAACAUUGCCAGACUUAACAACAAUACGUUUUACACAAAUCAUUUGGACAGCAAUUAUAACUUCAAUUCUUUAUCAUGAAAAACCAUCUAUAUCAAUGAUAAUAUCAAUUUUAUUAACAACUAUUGGUGUAAUAUUUGUUGCUCAACCAAGUUUCUUAUUUAGUAAAAUAUCAAAUAUAAAUGAAAAUAAUAUAUCAAAUGAUUAUUAUCAACGUAUAAUAGGUGUCUGUUUUGCAUUGUAUUCUGCAAUAGUAUUUUCUAUAAUGAUAAUAUCAAACAAAUAUUUACUAGAGAAAUAUAAAACAAAACAAAGUUUAAUAAUGUUCCUAUAUUCAUUUGUAACAUUAUGGAUGUUAAUUGCUAAUGUCUUUUAUAAAUAUAAUUUUUUUAUUGAUACAAUGGAAUCAUUUAAAAAUGACUUUUUCAAUUGGAGAUAUUUAGUUGCUUCAUCAUUUUGUUUAUUACAAAUACCUGGAUUUGUGUUAGUACAGAAAGGAAUUAAAUGUGAACAUCCAGCGAUAUUCACAAUACUUCAAUCUAGUAGUAUUUUAAUCUCUAUUCUAUUACAAAAUAUUUUUUCAUCAGUAAAAUCAAAUCUUUUAUCAUUAUUUGGUUCAACGCUCGUUUUGGCAAGUAUAUUGUUAAUAACUGGAUUUAAAUUUAUUGAAGACCAACGACACAAACAAAAAUCACUACAAUUGUACUCUACGGACUAA